GCUUGGGAAAAAGCUAAACAAGCUCUGAAUGCAUUAGCUGACAAAGAGCCUAGCACUAAUAGUAAUAAUAAUACUGAUGGGGUGAGUGAUAAACCAACAGAAGUGAUGCUCAAACAACAGCAGCUUGGAGGCAUCUACCCACAGUCUCAAUUCAAUGGAUAUGCUCCUUAUGGUGGUCCACCUGGACCAAUAGGACCAAGAAUCCCUGCACCAUAUGGUAUUGAUACACACAGGCCUCCUCCUCCACCACGCGGCCAAUGGGGACCACAUUUCAGACAACAGUCGCCAUUCAGACCUCGUGGUCCCCCUAUGUACAAUGGAUAUGGUCCUAUGCCCCCUGGACCACCACCCCCUGGACCAGAUGAUUUUGAAAACCACAACCAAGGAGGACCUCCUGGCUGGAAUAAAAAUAAACAGCAUCCAAAUAGUGCUGGCAUCAGAUUCAGUUUACCAUCAAAACGACCAGUUCAAUCUACCAAUGCAAUAGAAGAGUAUGGUCAGAAUCAGACUCAGAAGAAGCCUAACCAGAAACCCCCACAACCACCCAAGCCCACUCCAUAUAAACCUGGGGAGAAUGAUGAUGAAGAUGAUGAUACUGGUCCUUCAGCUAAACAAUCUGAACAGAAAAGAAAUGAUGAAGAUACUGCUAAUGCAAUGGCACAGCCAUGGUCUGAUAGUUUAAAGCGUUAUGUUUCCCGUUGUUUUGCUGGAGCGACCAAUGAUAAGCAGAAAGAUAUAAUAGAGAAGCUUCUUAAAGACAAAUUAACUCAGAUAUUUAAAGAUGGAACAUCGGAGACUGUUAACUGGGACCUUCAGCCACUGCUUUUUGGUGGCAAACAAAUAUCACAACCCCAGCAGCCAAUGGAAUUCACACCUGGUCCAGGUCUUGGGCGUGGAUUGAGUCCCCAGGGACGAGGUCUGGGAUCAGGUCGAGGACGAGGAAGACGUGGUCGAGGAAGGUGGGAAGACGGAGACAAUCCCAAUUUUAUGCCUUUCAAUAAUCGCUUCAAUCCAUCACCUAGACGAUCAAGAACCCCACCCUCUCGAAGCAGAAGAGAUAGACAUCGUAGAAGCAGGUCACGGUCUGAUUCAAGGUCGCGAUCCAGGUCAAGGUCACCAUACAGAAGGAGAGAGAGACAUAGGAGUAGAAGAUACAGUGAAAGUAGUAGCAGUAGCAGCGAUAAUUCAGAGAUAUCUAGGAAUUCUCAUGCCUCACAUGAUUCUGAUCGCAAACGAUCUCGCAAUAAUGAACGCCACAAGCCAGAUUGGCAUGAUAAACAGAAGGGGCGUGGUCGUGGAAGAGGGAGGGGUCGAGGUAGAGGAGACACCCCUAAAGAGAAAGGUGACAACCCUAAUUAUAUCCCUCUGGGAACUGGCAAUGAGAGUAAUAACCUGAAGAAUAGACUUGGAAAGAAGAAGAAAAAUAAAAAAGGAGAAGACCUUAUAAUGUAUGUAGAUGAUGUAGACAAGGCAGCUAAACUUCAGUCCAGAAUGGCGCGGUUUGGGGACCAACUGGGCUCUAACUCAAGGACACCAAAAAUUAACAUUAACAACUAUAAUGAUGAGGACUCUAUGGAUGUCGACUAUGGGGACUUUUUUGACAUUGUGGGAACAUGUACAGAUCUUGAAAAGAGAUAUCUCCGUCUAACAGCAGCACCAGAUCCAUCCACUGUACGACCUGUUGAUAUUCUACGGAAGUCCCUAGUGAUGGUACAGACCCAUUGGAAACAAAAUGGCAACUACCACUAUGCUUGCGAGCAACUGAAGGCUAUAAGGCAGGAUCUUACUGUGCAAUGUAUAAGGAAUGACUUUACUAUAGAGGUCUAUGAGGUGCAUGCUAGAAUUGCCCUGGAAAAGGGCGACCAUGAGGAAUACAACCAGUGCCAAACACAGCUUAAAUGUCUAUACAUGGAUGAGGGGAGGAACAGGAAACACAUGCAUGAGUUUAUAGCUUAUAGAAUACUCUACUAUAUAUUCACUAAAAAUACACUAGACCUGACCACAGUUCUUGCAUCUUUAACUCCGGAGAUGAAAGAACAUGAAUGUGUCGCCCAUGCUUUGAAACUACGUUCAGCCUGGGGCUUAGGGAAUUACCACAAGUUCUUCAAGCUCUACAACAAUGCCCCUCUUAUGGCAGGUUUCCUCAUUGACUGGUUUGUUGAUAGGGAAAGGAAACAGGCCCUUAAACUUAUUGUCAAGUCAUUCCGUCCAUCUUUGUCAGUUGAUGAGCUCCAGCGCACAUUGGGCUUCUCAGACGCUGAAUUAUGUAAGACGUUCCUCAAGGAGCAAAAUGUUGUCUUCACUCCCUCAGAUAAUAACAAGGUCGAUUGUAAAGCCAGUAUGUCCACAGUGGGGACAGCAUAGUCCUCUUGUGGUAUACAUCGACCUUUUGUGUCUUCAUAUCCCAAAGGCCAGUAUUUCCAUAUGUAGUCCAAGAAUCAUCUUCUCUCACAAGCCAUGGUGUAUCGGAAGCAAUGGUAGUCAUUUGCAGGCCAUAAUGUUUGGAUGUAAACAUCACAUAUUCUUCUUCAAAAAGCUCCUUCCAAUCAUCUCCAGUCUGUAAUCAUGUCUUAAGUGCCAUCAAAGACUUAUCUUUAUGUGGUAGUAAAAGUGAUGUCUUUUCAACCUUGAUCUCCAAAGUUCAAGAUGCACUGGGUUAUUAUGCAGUUGAAUCUUUUGUACCAUUCCAAUAAAAUCGAUAUAAACAAUUUAGUAAAUCUGCCAUUAUACGGAUCAUAGACACUUGAUCUGAGGAAAUUUGAAAAUCAAUGGAGUGAUACGUUCUCUGGAUCUAAACUUUACAAAAGCUGCUGAGUAAGCAUUUAAUUUAACAGGACUAAAUACGACAAGGGACGUUGGAAAAGUAUAGGACUCUCCACUAAUUAUUACAGACUAUAGGAAAUCAAAAAAUCAACUGAAUUUUAUAGGGAGUAAAUAAGAGUAAGUAAUUCGACCGUUGAAUCAAAUAAAAUAUCUGAGAGAUUGAAAAUGGACUGAUAUCGACAACAAAUGGACAUGUGAUAUUUAUUUAUUUAAAAGUAAGCUGGAGAUGCAUGUUAUACAUAAAGGAUAUGAAGGUGAAGAACAUUGAGAUAGAAUAUUAAUUGGAUUAGGAAAUUUUGAAAAUGCCGAAAGAAUAUUUGACAUUAAAUCUUGAGAAUACCUCAAUAAUGUUGACAUUAAAUAGGUCAGAUAAGUGUAUGUUGAUUUUCAACUUCAGAGGAAAUGAUGUUAAAUGAUAUUUAUUUAUGAACUCAAUCAUUCAAGAAAUAAUCACAAUCAUAUCAAAUGAAGUCCAAUUGGAAAACUAAUUCAGCGAUUUUUGAUGAAAUACACACAUCAAGUACAGAAUCAAAGCACCAAAAGAUUGGAAGUCCUCAAGGAAGAGAAUUGGAAAUAAGUUAAAGUACAAAAGAAGGAAUACCCAUUUACGAAAGUGAAGUUGAUCUCAUCAUCAUGAUGUCUCAUCUCGUUAUAAUGAUGUCAUCUCUACCUUUGAAUCAGUUUGCUGAUGUCUAGUCUCGUUAUAAUGAUGUCAUCACUACCUUUAUAUCGGUUUGCUGAUUCUCUACAUUGAGUCAACUAUAGUCCUUAGAGAAAGUUUUCACCUCAUGUAAAGUGCUUUACAAUAUUUCUUUGAAUCAAUCAAUGUCAUCUAUCUUCCUAAGUUCUCUGUUCUGCCCUGUUGUAAAUGAUGUCUGGUCUCUAUAGCAAUUUGAGACACAAGAAGAGUAAAAUCCAACCUUGGUCCUGGUUCAGCUUUUAACCGUCUUGAUAGAGAAAGAUUGAUCUCCCAAGAGAGGCGUUGAGUUGAUGUACCACCCCCAUCCCAGUCAAAGGUCUCAAGGUUCAAGAAGG